UCCAUCCUAACCAGCUUUCAUACCCAGAUUUGGACACCAUCACUUCUCCCUCCUCCUCCCUGGCUCUUUCCUCCCACAUCACCGAAAAGGGCGAGCACACCCAGCUCCCAAACUUAGGUAAGACAGUUGUCUGACCCACUUUUGGGUGGUGUGAAUGACCUCCAGACGUGAAGGAGGGCUUCCUUUCUGCAGAGUCCUUUUAAAGCUAGGCACUUGAUUGUGUGAUGAGAGGGAAAGCUAUGUGGGGAGCAGGGAGGGCAGAAAGGGCUGACCCUGCCCUGGUGCUUGGGGACUGGGAGCUGCAUCCUAAGACACAGUCGGGAUUUCAAACCUAAACAAGCCAGUGUGGGCAGUAACGGAUCUGGUGACCUCACCGCAGUCCCGGAAUUCUGCAGGGAUUCCGACGGAGGAGGCUCAUUGGCCAUCCUGGGCAUCCAGCGGCAGUUAGUUGGUCUUGUUGUCUGGUUUUCUUUGCCAAAAUGGGUGGCUGCUGGGCCCGUCUCAGGUCCCAACAGGAAGAAGCUGUCAAACUCCCUGAAAAUCCGGACCGGGAUCAGACUGGUGUUCCUGAAAACCCCAGCCCCGUUCCCUCUGCUCCUUCUCCCACCUCCCCACCCCUCUGCCUACCGCCCCACCCCAGCUCCCCCUUACUCCCCAACCCAGUCUCCCCCUCCCUCCCCCUUCUCCCUACCGCAGAGACUGCGCCCCCAGCCCUCUCUCAUCCCAGUCUGCUGGAGCCCACAGAGGACACCAGUUCCUCCACACUGGAUGCCUGCCCAGGUCCCUCCACCAGCAGGAGGGCUCUGCAAGAGGACCUCCCUCAAGGCCCCAAUUCGGCAGAGGCCUCGUCCCUCCAGCCUCCUUGCCCCAUUUUCACGUGGUCCUCCUCCUCUGCCUCCACCAAGUAUCUCCGUCUCUCCACCACCCCCUCCCUCUCCCCCUCCUGCCUCUCCCUGAAUCCCUCCCCUUCCCCUCCUCAACAUCUCUUCAAAAUGGAAGAGAAAUUGGAGAACCUGAUGUUGUUGCAGAACAAGCAGAUGGAAGACUGGAAGAGGCAGCCACUGAGGACGGCAGAAGGUGGUGCUGAGAACUGGCCUCCCGAGAGCAUCAGCAACCUCGUGUUCCUGAGAACCCCAGCCCCGUUCCCUCUUCUCCUUCCCCCACCUCCCGACCCCUCUCCCUACCACACCACCCCAGUCUCCCCCUCCCUCUCCCUUCUCCCCACCACAGAGACUUUGCCUCCAACCCUCUCUCAUGCCAGUCUGGUGGAGCCCCCAGAAGACACUGGUUCCACCACAUCGGAUGCCUGCCCAGGUCCCUCCACCAGCAGGAGGGCUCUGGAAGAUGAUCUCCACAACAUGAAAGAGAGAUUGGAUCAACUGAUGGCGUUGCAGAACAAGCAGAUGCAGGACCGUCCCAACAGGAAGAAGCUGUCAAACUCCCUGAAGAUCCGGACCGGGAUCAGACUGAGACUGCGCCCCCAGCCCUCUCUCAUCCCAGUCUGCUGGAGCCCACAGAGGACACCAGUUCCUCCACACUGGAUGCCUGCCCAGGUCCCUCCACCAGCAGGAGGGCUCUGCAAGAGGGUGUUCCUGAGAACACCAGCCCCGUUCCCUCUUCUCCUUCCCCCACCUCCCGACCCCUCUCCCUACCACACCACCCCAGUCUCCCCCUCCCUCUCCCUUCUCCCCACCACAGAGACUUUGCCUCCAGCCCUCUCUCAUGCCAGUCUGGUGGAGCCCCCAGAAGACACUGGUUCCACCACGUCGGAUGCCUGCCCAGGUCCCUCCACCAGCAGGAGGGAUCUGGAAGAUGAUCUCCACAACAUGAAAGAGAAAUUGGAGCAACUGAUGGCGUUGCAGAACAAGCAGAAGCAGGACCUCCCGGAAUUCUGCAGGGAUUCCGACGGAGGAGGCUCAUUGGCCAUCCUGGGCAUCCAGCGGCAAAUUGUGCCUAAGCCUGCUUCUUCCUUCUUCUUCCAGGUCCCAACAGGAAGAAGCUGUCAAAUCCGGACCGGGAUCAGACUGGUGUUCCUGAGAACCCCAGCCCCGUUCCCUCUGCUCCUUCUCCCACCUCCCCACCUCCCCACCCCUCUCCCUACCGCCCCACCCCAGCUCCCCCUUACUCCCCAACCCAGUCUCCCCCUCCCUCCCCCUUCUCCCUACCGCAGAGACUGCGCCCCCAGCCCUCUCUCAUCCCAGUCUGCUGGAGCCCACAGAGGACACCAGUUCCUCCACACUGGAUGCCUGCCCAGGUCCCUCCACCAGCAGGAGGGCUCUGCAAGAGGACCUCACUCAAGGCCCCAAUUCGGCAGAGGCCUCGUCCCUCCAGCCUCCUUGCCCCAUUUUCACGUGGUCCUCCUCCUCUGCCUCCACCAAGUAUCUCCGUCUCUCCACCACCCCUCCCCCUCCCCCUCCUGCCUCUCCCUGAAUCCCUCCCCUUCCCCUCCUCAACAUUUCUUCAAAAUGGAAGAGAAAUUGGAGAACCUGAUGUUGUUGCAGAACAAGCAGAUGGAAGACCGACAAGAAGGUCUCAUGAUCUUCCGUGCCCACCUUCAGCAUGUUGUGGUGCUGAGCAGGCAGCUCCAGGAACUGAGGAGCAGGCUUAGCCAACUUGAAGAGGCCUUUGUAGAAGCAUAAUAUGAAUUGUUGUUGUUGAAUGUACUUAUUUUGUUGUAAUUUCUAUUGUUAGGCCGUGCUGGCCUUCAACAUGUUUACCCAAUUUAUUGUAAAAACAUAAAGCACGGUGUUUGUUUUUCAAGAAGAGAAAGAUAGGCUGCUCUGAGUAUUCUUUGGGCCCAGUGGGGUGAAAAGGUCUUUGGGUCCAGCCCAGCUGCAGAAAAGUCUCUUAUGGGAGAUGCAUUCGGGGCCAAGAGAGUACAGUUUGUGCACAAGUCCAUUUUCACAAUUGGAUACAAACUCAAAUCGAAUCACCAAAAUUUGAAUCAGUUGUCAAACUGGCAGGCCAUUGCUAGCCAGUUUGACGAAUCCAAAAUCCAGAGGGGAGUCUCACGAUUUACCUAUGGGGAACUCAAAUCACCCCAUUGUUCAGCAUGGGUAGGUCCCAGGGACACCAAAUCCGUUGGGUGCUAUGGCAUGAUAGAUGUUACCUACCACACA